AUAUUUUAAUAUUAAAAAUUUAGGUCUCCAAAUUUUCUCCCUCCCUCGACAAUCGCGUCUCGGUUCGCCGUCUAGCCAUCUGAUCGCUCGGCUUCCUCUAAAUCGGCGUCUCCAUUUCUCUUGGUUCCUCUCAAUCACCGUCUCCAUCUCUCUCGGCUUCCUCUCAAUCUCCGCUGAUUUCGUUUCCGACUCUCUCCCUGCCGCCGUCUCCGACUCUCUCCUUAUUCUCUCACUCCAGUAAUUUCUCCACCCACUAGAAGAGCUCUCUCUGUCUCUGCAAUUUCUCCACCCACCUUCCAAAUCCGCCGCAUCGAAUUUCUUCGACCUCCCGGACUCGGCCGGCGUCAAGGCGGUGGAGUUUCGAAUUGGAUUGGGUGAAACCCACCUUGACGGAGACCAGUUUGCUUUUACACGUAAUUGGCAACAAAUGUGACACUUAUCUUGAUGAUGGGUGGCUGUAGAUAAACACCAAUUUGUGAUAUGCAAUGGACAGUUUGCAAAAGAAAUGUGAGGAUGUUGAUGACCCAGUUCCCAUUGAAAAGUGUUCUUGUUCGCAUUGGACUUAAUGGAACCAUGCUUCAAGUUGUUUCUCUGUCAUCUUUGACACCUGACAGUCUAAUUACCACCGUACUUAACUGUAGAAGCCCUUGGAAAGCACUUGAAUUCUUCAAUGCGGCACCAGAGAAGAAUAUUCAGCUUUACUCAGCAAUCAUUCAUGUCUUAGUUGGAUCCAAGCUACUUUCCCAUGCCAGAUAUUUGCUAAAUGAUCUCGUACAAAACCUCGUAAAAUCUCACAAGCCUUACCAUGCAUGUCAGUUAGCAUUCAGUGAGUUGAGUCGCUUAAAAUCCUCAAAAUUUACUCCCAAUGUUUAUGGCGAGUUAAUCAUUGUCUUAUGUAAGAUGGAGCUUGUAGAAGAAGCUUUGUCGAUGUACCACAAAGUUGGGGCGGCACUCACGAUACAGGCUUGUAAUGUACUUUUAUAUGUUUUGGUUAAGACUGGGAGGUUUGAAUUGUUAUGGAGGAUUUAUGAAGAAAUGAUUUCCAAUGGGUUGUCUCCUAGCGUUAUCACUUUUGGCACCCUAAUUGAUGGUUGCUGCCGUCAGGGAGAUCUUUUAAGGGCACAAGAAAUGUUUGAUGAAAUGAGAGUGAAAGGAAUUGUGCCAACAGUUAUCGUGUACACCAUUCUUAUUCGUGGGCUUUGCUCAGACAACAAAAUAGAGGAAGCAGAGAGUAUGCAUAGAGCAAUGAGGGAAGUCGGGGUGUAUCCGAAUGUGUAUACUUAUAACACUUUGAUGGAUGGGUACUGCAAGUUGGCCAAUGCAAAACAAGCUCUUAGAUUGUAUCAAGAUAUGCUGGGUGAAGGUUUGGUGCCAGAUGUUGUAACAUUUGGCAUUUUAAUUGAUGGACUCUGCAAAUUUGGAGAGAUGAAGGCUGCUCGAAAUCUUUUUGUGAAUAUGAUUAAAUUUAGUGUUACUCCUAACAUAGCUGUCUAUAAUUCUUUGAUCGAUGCUUACUGUAAGGUAGGAGAUGUUUCUGAAGCAAUGGCUUUGUUUUUGGAGCUGGAAAGAUUUGAAGUUUCGCCCGAUGUGUUUACAUACAGUAUACUUAUUAGAGGUCUCUGUUCGGUGAGUCGAACUGAAGAAGCAGGUAACAUAUUUGAGAAAAUGACGAAAGAGGGAAUUCUAGCAAACUCUGUUACAUAUAACUCAUUAAUUGAUGGGUGCUGCAAAGAAGGCAAAAUGGACAAGGCACUGGAAAUCUGCUCCCAAAUGACUGAAAAUGGUGUCGAACCCAAUGUGAUCACUUUCUCAACGCUGAUUGAUGGGUAUUGCAAGAUAAGGAACUUGCAAGCUGCUAUGGGCAUAUAUUCAGAAAUGGUUAUCAAAAGCCUUUCUCCUGAUGUGGUUACUUAUACAGCAAUGAUAGAUGGGCAUUGCAAAUAUGGUAGCAUGAAAGAGGCUCUUAAACUCUAUAGUGAUAUGUUGGAUAAUGGCAUUACCCCAAAUUGUUACACUAUCAGUUGCUUAUUAGAUGGACUUUGUAAAGAUGGCAAAAUUUCAGAUGCACUCGAACUUUUCACGGAAAAGAUUGAAUUUCAGACACCCAGGUGCAAUGUUGAUGCAGGAGGAAGCAAGCCUUCACUCACAAAUCAUGUUGCUUAUACCGCUUUAAUCCAUGGAUUGUGUCAGGAUGGGCAAUUUUCUAAGGCAGUGAAGUUGUUUUCAGAUAUGAGACGUUACGGUUUGCAACCAGAUGAAGUGAUUUAUGUAGUCAUGUUACGAGGGCUCUUCCAAGUUAAAUACAUCCUGAUGAUGCUACAUGCAGACAUGUUAAAAUUUGGUGUUAUCCCGAAUUCAGCUGUCCACGUGAUAUUAUGUGAGUGUUAUCAAGAGAGCGGAUUUCUGAAAUCGGCUCAAAAUUGUUCCAAGGAUCUUGAGGAAAAUCUACAUGGAUGAGGCUAUCUUGCUGUGACUAGAAAAGUUUUAAGCAUCCUCACUGUCUUCCUCAUGAAGCCAAGUAAAAUAAAAGUGACCAAGAAAACCAGCCCAUUCUCUCUUUUGCAAACACGCUGGAGCUUGAUAAAGCCUACUCUUGUUGAUUCAUAUGGAGCUCAAUACUCUCACAAGUUCGGAUCAUAUUUUUUAUUGGGAAAUUGAGAAAUUGGUUGGAGAUGAAGGGAGGUGGUUUUCUACAAUGAAGAUUGAAGAGAGUUUCACUACUGAUCCUGAGGAAGAUAAAGAAUCAGAAAACCGACAACAAAUCACUAAAGAAAUGGUUUGAAAAGGUAAGAAGUUGGAUAAUCAUCCCAUUAUAUUAGAGAGUAUGAAAGACUAACUGAACUUUUUUUCCCACUUAAAAGUAUCUAAUUGUUAAUCUUUUAAUAUAUGGUUCAAAAAAUGCUGGCAACAGUAAUUUAAAGCCAUGAACUUUAAAAUAUUAUCUACUUAUUUGUCACUUCAUGGUUUUCCUUUGUAUAUACUUAUUCGUCAAAUUCUUGUGAGAAGAUGAUAUUUGGCUUUGUAGUGCUAUUGUCCAACUUUCUUAAAUAACUUUGAAAGGGAACGAGUAUCAUGUCGCUAUGUAUUUUCGUAUAAUUCUACAUUUAAAAUUGAAAUUUAUAUGAAUAAAAAAUUUGAUUUACAAACUAA